CUUGGUGGCGUCGUUUCCUGCGAGGGCGUUGAAGGAUUGUUCUUUCUCUCAUCACUUGGCUUGCUUGGUGUCCUGAGGUUCGAGUAGCUGCAAAAUCAUUAAAUUUUUACUGCAAAAUGGGUGUCGAUGUUGAAGUUGUUAAACCUGGAGAUGGCAAGACAUUUGCAUCAAAAGGUCAGACGGUUAUUGUGCACUACACAGGUCGUUUGACUGACGGCACCAAAUUUGACUCAUCUAAAGAUAGAGGGAAGCCAUUUACAUUUAAACUCGGAAUGGGACAAGUCAUUAAAGGUUGGGAUGAAGGCGUGGCCAAGAUGUCGGUUGGCGAACAAUCAAAAUUGACUUGCUCCCCAGAUUAUGCGUACGGACCAAGGGGCUAUCCUGGAGUUAUUCCACCGAAUGCAACUCUGGUUUUUGAUGUAGAAUUUAUUGGAAUUCAGUAACACUCUGAAGGACAGUGUUUUAGCUUUACGUUUGAAGUACGACCAAGAAUGGGAAUCUCGCUUAAACUGCGUGGAAUAGGAAUACAACGCACUCGUGAACGAUUUAUUGUCGAAGAACAUUGACAAUUAGCGUAAACUGUAACAAUCUGACCUCAAUUUUUCUGUCACUCUUUUUGUUUGCUUUCAUUACAAAAAUGCUUUUCA